AUGAGCCCAACACCGAUAGCCCUUGGCUACGAUCUCCCGACAACCACCUCUACAGCCUACCUGGUUCUUUUCCGGAGCCAGGUCGAAGGCCACUCGUCCAUUUUCGACCUGGCAGACCAAGAUCCGACAGACUCUCCCUCCCCUAUCGCCUCCGACCACCCCGAUUCCCCUAGCACCACUAGCUCUGCAUCGUUCAAUAUCGAAGAUCUCAUUUCAGACCCGUAUCCUCUCACAGAAGAAGAGCAAAGUUUCUCCCAAUAUACCGGAUAUUCCCCUCCUCUACAUCCUACCUCCAACGGUAACGGGGUUAGUACAAAUCAGGUGUCCGAGAUUACGCUGACUCCAGCUCAUAACCCCCGCCGCCGCCGCCGUCGACGCCGCUCCGAGGGUUCGUCUUCGUCUUCGUCGUCUUCUGUAUCAGAAUCCUCGGAAACUGGUGUGCGAAGCUCUGCCCGCCCUCCGCUAGCCACCGACGUUUCUUCUGCGGGUACCCGCGGAACACAACGGUCAACAGCAGGCCGAGCAGAAGGCCUUCCACCCUCCCCCAAGCGCAGGCGUUUGGAAAACAUGCGGCCCAAUAAUGGAGACUCUACGAGGACUGCAAAUGGACGGCCAGAUGCAUCGAACGGAUUGUUGUCUACGUCAUCGAUGCGGGGGAAGAGCUCGUUGAAGGGGAAAUCGAACAACAGCCAUCUGAACAACGGGCAGUCAAACAACACUAACGGGUCGGCGGCGAAAUCAUCAGCUCUAUCUUCGUCGUAUUUUGGUCAUGACCGGGAGGAAGUCACCAGGAUCUUGAUACAGGGGCUCUAUGAUCUGGGCUACAGCGGGGCUGCAAGUGCUCUUAGUAGGGAGAGCGGAUAUGAGUUGGAAUCUCCCGCCGUGGUGGCUUUUAGGAAUGCAGUGCUUGAUGGACAAUGGGCUGAAGCGGAACAUUUACUUCUGGAGUCCUUUGAAGAGGGUCAUGAGGGAACCGAUGGAGAAUACGAAUCUCCAUCGUCGUGGGGCAAGCUGGCUCUUGCCGAGACUGCAGACAAGAAUGAAAUGCUUUUCCUAUUGCGACAACAGAAAUUCUUGGAAUUACUAGAGGCUCGAGAUUUGGGUGCGGCUUUGAUGGUUCUUCGGCAAGAGUUGACUCCGUUAAAUCAUAAUAUCCCGCAACUUCAUGCUCUGUCGAGUCUGUUGAUGAGCCCGGUCGAGCAUCUCCGGGAAUUGUCAGGCUCGAAUGGAUCGAUUGCUUUAUCGCGAGAACUGUUACUUUCUGAUUUGUCCACUUUUAUUUCUCCGGCAGUAAUGAUUCCAGAUCAUCGGCUUGCUUCUCUUCUGAACCAAGUGAAGAGCAAUUGGGUCAAUCAAUGCUUAUUCCACAACACUGCACAAUCGCCAUCGUUAUAUUCUGAUCACAUGUGCGACCGCAACGCAUUCCCUCGCCACAACACGAUGCAAUUAACGAGGCAUUCAAAUGAAGUCUGGUAUGUUGAGUUUUCCCACGAUGGGACGAAGCUCGUUACAACCAGCAAGGAUAAAUCCGUUAUCAUCUACGAUGCUACAGACAAGUUUUCAGUGAUUCACAAAUUCUAUGAACAUCAUGACGCUGUGGUAUUUGCUACCUGGAGCCCAGAUGACUCUAAGAUCAUCACAUGUUCGCAGGACAAGACGGCCAAGGUCUGGGAUGUUCAGACCGGCCGCUGUUUUAUGACGAUUGAGCACCACACCGAUAUAGUUACUUCUGCUGCAUGGGCUCCGGAUGGCGAGACGUUUGUUACUGCGUCCAUGGACAAUAAGGCGCCGCUCUGUUACUGGGGAUUACGGUCUAGAAAUCCAAUACAUGUGUGGCGGGGUGGAUUCCGAGCACAAGACUGCGCCAUCACACCGGACGGAACUCGACUAGUCGCAUCCGAUAAUGAAGACAAGCUGUAUGUGUAUGAUCUUGCGUCACGCGCAGAGGAAUUCUGCCUUUCUCUCAAAAAUCAUAUCACUUCAGUCAGCGUCAGCCACGACUCCAGAUAUGUUUUGUUGAAUCUCCGAAAUAAUCAAAUACAACUUAUGGAUAUAGAGACGACAGAGGUUGUUCGUCGCUUUGAUGGCCAGAAACAGGGAGAGUGGGUUAUUCGAAGCCGUUUCGGCGGUGCUGGCGAGAACUUUGUCGUCAGUGGAAGCGAGGACUCUCAGAUUUAUAUCUGGCAUAGAGAGAACGGGGCCCUUGUGGAAGUAUUGGACGGACACACAAAAGGAUGUGUCAAUGCAAUAUCUUGGAAUCCGAAGAAUCCUUGCAUGUUUGCAUCGGCCGGUGACGACUGUGUUGUGCGGAUAUGGACACGAGAUAACCCCAGCGAAGACAGCUCAAACAAAGGUCGACUUUCAAAGACCUCGGAUUUCACGCGGAUAAGCGCUCUUCGAUCAACGACAAGCUAACUCUAAUUACUAAGACGGCGGUGGAAUCAAAAUGAUGCCGAGUAUACAACUGGCGAAAUUUAUCAUGUUUUUGGCCGAGUUGAUAUUUCUUUCUCAUAUUAUUCAAUAGCAUCAUCAUCAAUGGAGAUGAAUCUCCUCACAUAUAUUGAUUUUUAUCCCUCUGCUUAUACAUGGCAUCAUGGAUUAGGUUGCUCCCUAUUCUUGAUUUUAUCUAUUAUAUCACCCAGCAUUGAUGCGGCAAGUUUGUCUGAUAUCUUAUUCUGCGUUGGUGCCGCCUCAUGCUUGCUUCAGUGUUUUCAAGGCUUUUUUACUCAUCCAUGGAUCUUUCAACAUUUGCACGGAUCGGCUAGGUAGAAUGGCGCUACAGAGAUAUUCCCACAUAGCUAGAAUUGAUUCUAUCACAUC